AUGCCUCGCGAUCCUUAUCACGACUUUGAGAAAGACAUUGAAAACUCGCUUAGGAGAGCCGAAUCCCUAUUUCAAAAAUCCAGCCGCGAUGACAAGGCCAGGCGCGAGCUUUCCACGACGUUGGACAGUUUGCGACAAGAUCUCGACGAUGUCAAAGAAACGGUACAAGUCGUAGAGCAAAGCGAUGCUAGUCGAUUCGGUAUCGAUGCUGUGGAAUUGGAUCGAAGAAAACGUUUUGUGCAGAAGUGUGAAAGCACGAUACAUCGUCUGUCAUCUCACUUGACAUCGGUAAUGGCCCAACCGUCGGUGUCGUUGGCUUGGGAAAAGGAGCAGCAGCAGCAGCUUUUGGCUCACCAGGACCAGGCAUUAGAUACCAUUGGCUCAUCUCUUUAUACACUUCGUGAGCAGGCGCAACUUAUUGGGCAAGAGGCCGAUGAGCAUGUGCUCAUGCUGGGCGAGCUGGACACGGAUGUAGACCGGACGCAAUCGCAGCUUCAGCAUGCAAUGGUCCGAAUGGAUAAGCUGAUUGCACAGACUGACGCACGAUUGGGGGGGUGGUGUGUGUGGAUCCUCAUUGUGGCACGUACUAGGCGCAACUAA